AUGGUGUUUAUUGACCUUGAGAAGGCUUAUGACAAAGUCACAAGAGAGGUGCUAUGGAGAUGUCUAGAAGUUAGAGAUGUUCCUGUAGCAUACAUUAGAGCGAUUAAGGACAUGUAUGAUGGAGCCAAAACUCGAGUGAGGACGGUUGGAGGAGAGGUACCGUGGUGCAUGUUGUUUUCAGAUGAUAUUGUGCUUAUUGACGAGUCGUGGAGCGGUGUUAACGCGAGACUGGAGGUUUGGCGACAGACUCUGGAGUCGAAGGGUUUCAAGUUGAGCAGGACUAAGACAAAGUACUUAGAGUGCAAGUUCAGUAAUGGAAGUCAAGUAGAGGACGAGGACGUGCAACUGGAUACUCAGCUCAUCGCGAAGAAAGAAAGUUUCAAAUACCUGGGGUCGAUCAUCCAAGGGACUGACGAGAUUAACGACGAUGUCACAUAUCGUAUUAGAGCGGGAUGGAUGAAAUGA